GUAUCCCAACAGGUCAGACCAAUAACUCCACCUAUGACUUCCAGGAUCACAGUAAGUGCACUGGGAGAAGAAAAUAGUGUAAAAAGCUUUGAGGGUCAUGCUCUUUCAGGAUUAAAUGUGUUCUAAAUUCAUGUUUUAAACAAGGCUGUAUGUUGUGCAGAUCAUUUACACCAAAACAAGGAGAAACCAGAUUUAAACAAGACAAGUCUCAUCCAUUAGCAUGCUACGCUAACAGUCUGUCACCGCUGUGACAUCUCUCAGAGCACACAAACACUGUAAACACACCUGUGACCUGCCCAGCACAGGGCUGUUAAACCAGAAACACCACGGCUACACCUUAUUUUUAUACAGUUUAUGGGCUACUCAUAGCACAGCACACCUAUGCUAAUGAUGCUAGCCAUGCUAACUAACUGCUAGCCGCCGUGCAGGCAGGUAAAUUGGAUCCAUUGCGUCUCUUUAUAUCCGUGGGUUGGUGCUCCUGUCAGCGUCGCAGCCUUCGUGUGAGAGGCUUCAAUCAGUAGAUGUGUGUUUUUAAAACUUAUUUUGGGACGAGACAGUUUCUGUUACGCCCCCUAAGGACGUAAUAUAAACUGUGCCAUUUCAUUUUCAAAGAGCAACAGCCAGUGGGGAAACUCCAACAUUGAGCCGGCCAACCAAUGGUGUAACCUCAUCAGUCAUUGAGUCAUUGACGGACAUUCGGGGUUAUAGGGCUGAUCCAGCAAAAAAUGAUAGUAUUAUAUAUAAGAGUUUCAUACACUAGCCAGAAAACCACACAACAUGAGAUUAAGUGUUGAAUUUAAAGAUUGAAUUCACUGUCUCCAAUAACAAUUAACCAUCCCUGAGUUUAGAAGAGAAUCUGGUGCUUUGCCUGCCGCUCAGACUGAAGGGCCAUGUUGUUAACUCAAAUUUGAUUCUGGCCAUUAAAUCACUGGACAGAGUGUGAGAUCUGAGGGGCACUUUAGAUGUUUGGAACUGGGCUAAGUAGAGCUGACUCCUCUUAUCUCGGUAUCUCCACCUAUCUGUCUGCUCCAUAAAAAUGAUUUAUCACGCGAUAGAUUUCCCUGGCUCUAAAUACUGUAUGUAGAGUUUCUUGUAACUAUGUCCAGCUGGCUGUUGGGAUUUGAUUGAUUACCGUGACGAUUGGGUGGUCACAGAAAGAAGGAUAAACUCUUAACAAACUUGUCACUAAUAUGGAUGAAUUAGAGUUAUUACUCUCCAAAGGCCAUGAUGAUUAUAAUCAUUAAUGAUUUAUGAAGUGUUUUUCCAACUAAAACAGCCUAUAAAAGCAGGAAUUUCCUUGUAAUUGUGUAAUUGGUCUGGAUAUAGAUGUCAUUUUACAUAAAAUUUUAUUAUCUUCAGUAUGUUUCUUCACAUGUUUGCUGGAAUAAUGAGGCAGUGUUCAAGCCAUCAUGGCUGCAAGUUUAGUGCUAAAAAUUUGAGUGAGAAAAUGUGACAUGCCUAAAGACGAACUCCAAAGCUUGCAGCAGAAUUUCACCAUUUACUAUUAAUAUAAUUGUAGCCUACAUAUGUGCAGUCUUUACAGUGAAACAUCAGUUUCAUCGUAACAAUAUAGUGUUGAAUAGCUUGACAUAAUGUUUCUGUUCUUGCUCAUUGUUAACUAGUCAGUGCAUCAUGCCAAACAUUUGGCCCAAUCCACAUGGUAUGACAAGACACCAUUAUAUGUUAAAAUAACAAAAUAAAGCCAAUUCUAGUACUACAUACAAAACAAAGAGAAAAAUAAUAUUAAUAAUACAUAUUCUGGAUUACCAACCAGCCAAAGUGGGCACUUGCCUGGGCACUUCAGUGCUAUGUGCUAAUUUAAUUGAAAAUUUGAUUGGGAAUAUGUACCAAAAAGAAAAACUCAUGAUAAUGGCUUUUUAACAUUGCUGCUGCUUUAGUGCUAAAUUAGAUGGUUUCUUGAAAAAAAUCUGUCAAAAUCAAGUUUUAGGAUCUUUAUUGUUACAGCUUAUAGUAAUAACAUAGAAAAGUGUGCACAUUUCAUAGAGAGUGGGAGGAAUUGGGGGUUAAAAGAGGCCCAGCAGCAAAUUUUUGUCUCCCCAGAUGUUUAAUCUGUCCAGGCAUAGAGGUAAAUUCCCACUGAUGAAGAUCUGCUUUAGGAGAUGUGUUCACAUGAUAUGCACAUGUUCUCAGCAGCACAUAAAAUAAAAUAAUAUGGUGUUGCUUGAUUUAUAAGAGUAAUAUUCUUUUAUUAUUGGCACCACCACUUACUAUUGCUUUGGCUUCCAGUAAUUGUUAGAAGUAGCUUAUGUGAGGACAGCAGUGCACACACACAGGUUUCUGACUGUCCUUGAAUGCAGCAAAGGCCGGAGCAGAUGCACCCUGCACACACAGCUGCACAGAAGUAGACUCACACACAUACACACAGCAGACUCUUGCAACUGCUCAGGGUUCAGCAAGCAUUCAGGUGGGAGAAGAGGGACUUCUUUCUUUCAGAUAAGUGGAGCUAUCAUGACUGCGAGAAUCCAGGGAGUGGCGGGCCAGGACAAACCAGUGCCAAAGAGCCGUGCAACAGAGACGAUGAUGAGGGUCAGGAGAGCUCUGUGGCUGGUACUGGGCAUGCUCAGUCUGUCCCUGCUGCUGGUGGUGCUGGGAGUCUACAUAUCGACCCGCACAGAGAGCCUGACUGUCUCUGGCUACACUUCUGGAGUUAUUCUGACCCUUGGAUCAUUCCUGGGACUUCUGGGACUCCGCCUGGAAGAAAACCGCAAGCAGCUGCUGACUGCUGCGAUAGUUUUCCUCAGCUUUGGGAUCAUCUCCUCUUUUCUGUGCCUGGUGAUUGAUGGUGUCUGUAUUGUCUUAAACCUGGACAUGCGGCCACUGAAAGCAGGAAGAUGCCAGUAUUACAGCAGUGGCAGCAGCUACAUUUAUGAAAAUUUCUACACCUCUGUGUCGUGUUGGAAUGUAAAGGAGUCUUGCAGCAUGACGGUACGAAGUGGCACCUGCUACUGCUGCGACCUGUACGACUGUGCCAACGGAGGCUAUCUCAGCAACUACUACGAGUUUGUUGGAGUGCGCAGCUGUGAGGAAGUUUUCACUCUGUACAUUUUGAUCUGGACCCUCACUGGACUGAACCUCGUGGCCUUUUUCACAGGCAUACUGACCACAGCAGUACUUGGCAGCAUCAAGGACUUGAGGAGUAGCAGCCAAGCGUCCAAGCCCUCUGAGAGUGCAGCAUCCUCCCCCACAGCUCCUCUGCUGAUGGACGCCAACACACACAGAGCACACCAGCUCCACACAGGAGCCUCUGUGUAUUUCCCCCCAGCAGAAGGGACAGUCGCCUCACAGAGUUUUCCCUCAUCGUCGACUCCUCAUACAGAAUCCAACCCUCCUCCCUUCGCCCCGCCGUCCAGCCUGCUGCCUUACAGAAUCCACAGCAUCUCAGCCUGAGCUCCACCGGCACCCCCCGACCUGCAGCGUUUCACCAGAAACUGACUAGAGAGGACAGACAAAGGGACAAACAGAUGCUUUAUUAUUAUUGUUCAGUGGAAAGGAAGGGAAGCAGGUACUGAUAAAAGCAAAGAUAUGCUGGUUUGAAUAUUAUGCCGCAAUAUAAAGAUUUUGUUUCCCAAGUUCUUCCUGUUUUUCACUUUAAUUUGUAUGCAAAUAUUAUUAUUCACUGUAUUGUUCAAAAAUAUAAAGGUUUGAAGUUGUAAAAUGUUUGUAAAUGAAAUGUUAUGUAAUAUAAAUAAGUCGACUGCAUGUGUACGAGGGGGCGUGUAGGCUGUAAAUCAAACCAUCCCAAACAUCAGUGAAACCUAAAACACACAAACACAAAACAUGAACCUCAUCCUGACACAGUAGAAAUGCACCACAGACAGUUUUAAAAAGCUAAAGGUUCUCAUACAAACUGAUACACACACAAAAUUGCUUGUUUCAUGCAAUAUUGUAAAUUUAAAUAGUGAUCAUUUAAUUUGUCCUUUCAGGCUCCUCUUACAUGUCGCAUACAUACAUGUAAUGUUUCCUUUUUUUACUAACUGUGAUCCUGUAGAAGAUAUUUUGCAUGACUUCAUGUUAAAGUGUUCAUUAUGUGUCAGGUUAAACUGCAUAUCUUCAGUGUUUUUUUCACUGUUAGUGUCAUAGAUAACAGUAUUAGUCUGGUGACUUGUGCCUGAUGUUUCUGUCAUCAGAGGAUAAACUGACUGUGCUGCCAACAAACUGAAAUGAGAACAGUGUAACUUGAAUCUGAUCUUAGUGACACAUGUGAACAUUUUUAUAUAGAAUAAGAGAUUAAUCACUGAACCAACUGAUCAAAGAAAUGAAAUAUAUCAAAAAAGAUUGGUCUGGAUUCUGUAAUCCUUCAUAUAUGUUAUAAAAAAAUAAAC